CCAGCAGCAGCAUCCAGCUUGGAGGGACCACAGCGCACAGACCCUGGCCAUAUUGUGUGCACCCACCUCGCAAAUCGGCUGCGUCACACCUAAGAAACACCAGGGCUGGGACAAUAAAAUAGCCGCAGCGGGAGAAAUACACCGAGGAGGGGAAAAAAGCGUGAUUAAAUUGAGCUGGUUGACAGGCUGUCUGUUCGUGUAGGGAAAAUGGUUAAACUGGGGAAUAAUUUCACUGAGAAAAACAACGGCAAGGUGGUUUCUGAAGACGGGUUUGAUACAAUCCCCCUUAUAACACCAUUAGAUGCCAGCCAGCUGCAGUUUCCUCCUCCAGACAAGGUGGUGGUGAAGACCAAGACAGACUAUGAUGGGGAGAGCAAGAAGGGAAAGCUCCGGUCUCCCAAAAUUGCUGAGUUCUCCAUAAGCAUCAUUGAAGGGGUGUCCGAGCGACUCAAAGUAACCUUGCUGGUGAUUUGCGCUCUGGCCUUCCUGGUGUGUGUGGUGUUCCUGGUGGUCUACAAGGUCUACCAGUAUGAGCAGCCCUGCCCUGACAGCUUCGUCUACACGCAAGGUCGCUGCAUGCCGGCGGGAAUGUAUGGCUACUACCCCCCUCAGGGCCCUGGGGGCCGCGGGCGCCUCUUCACCAUCAUCAACCACUACAACAUGGCCAAGCAGACCAUCACUAGGUCAGUAUCACCAUGGAUGACCGUCAUGUCUGAGGAGAAGGUCACCCAGCAGGAGACGGAGACUGCCCAGAAGCUGGCUUAACCAGCCUGAAAUCAAGAUGGCAUCAUCUGCCAUGGGAAAAUAAAUAAUAUGGUUGUGCCAUUCAAGCAAACCUCACAAUCCCGUUGUUUCCUUUGGGGUCAAAUCAACCUUUCUUGCCUGAGCUGCUAUGCUGGCUUUGUCGAUGUACUGUAGUUCGAUCAGCUGAAGUGUACUGUCGCAGGACAUGUGAAAAUAUUUUGGAAAAUAAUGUUUUCAGAGAAGCAAGGGGUACCGUCGGGUGGAUUCAUGGUUUGUUUGAAUAGCAUAUGUAGUUAUUUAUUUACACUUCAAAACAGUGGCAAAUGUGUAUAAGAAGCCACAGAAACACAAACACCGACGCACAGACACACUCACCGUCUUUGUACAUACACAUAUAUAACGGAGAGCUCUGCUAAAUUUAGUACUCAGAUUGUGAAACGACUGUGAACCAUCUCGUGUCUGCGUAGCUUGUUCAAAUGCACAAUGCACGCAAGACUCUUAGAACAAUCAGUUUGCAUUAAAUCUCUCUUUUCCAAUACAUGAAUUACUGAUAGCGCAUGCAAGACCUCUUGAGAUCCAGCAAGUGGCAAAUUUCUUACAAAGCAAUGUACAAAAGUUCGCCGCAUAUUUGCCGCCGAGGUCAUCUGUCAAAAUACUUAAUUCUCAUUACAUUGUGAAUAAAUGGGGUUUAUUGACCUGGAGGACACAUUUUAACCAGCGAAAAUAGGAGUUUUAAAUCAUGUCUUGUUCUGACUUACUCCACACAGCUCUACAGUGCUGUUAAAGAAUUUUUCAUAUUUGAUGCAGCAAGCCUUUUUUAACCAGCUUUAAUGAUUGUCUCCAUAAUUUCUUUGAACUCUUUGUGAACACAUUUCAAUCAGCUCCGUAAGACUUAACUUACGAAUGAUUAAUUUCACAGCGUAACUUUUUUAUGCUACAGUAUUGAAUGUUUUCGCAUUGCUAGUGAAGAUACCGUAUUGUGCAAUGCUUUGGAUUGAUUUAUGUCACCUCUGAUGGCUGUUGGUGGCCAUCGCUGAUAACUAGAAAUAGGUUGAUGUAGUGGAACAAUCUGACAGUAGUGCUUGUCCUGUUGCCUUUUUCUGUAUUUGUCAUCAAAUAUGAGUUGUCAUAGUUAUGUACCUUUUUCAAACAAUGUAACGAUUACCAUUGAAGUGCAUUUGCUACUUAAAAGAUGUUAAAAAUUAAAAACUGAAAAUAAAGUGCCCACAUUUCACUUCAA